UUAUCAAAACUAAUCCAUUAUUAUUCCGUAAAAGUGUCUAACUGCAGUUAUUAAAAUGCAACUUCGUAAGAGUUUUUUUCCAAGAACUUUCAUUAUUUUCAUUUCAAUUCCACUGAUAUACACUGAUGAUGAAUGUCUAAAUAGACCCGAUUCGGAUUUCAGACAGUGUACCAGCCACAGACUAAAUCCCUACAACGACAAAACGGAACCAGAGAGAAAAUUAUGGACUAAAACAUAUGUUUCCAGUGUAUUGAGAUGUUCAAGUUAUUGUAUGAAUGAUCAGAGAUGUGUCACUUACUUCUUCAAUAAAAGUACUAAAACCUGUACUGGCCAUUCGAUAAUGUUUGGAAAUGCAACGGCUGCUUCUGUAGAAACUGGAAAUGUAUUGUACUAUUUCAGCGGAGUGGAAGGCUACAUUGGUGAUUUAUGUAAUACAGACGCUGACUGUACUGUUGUCUCCUCGGAAUGCAGAGCAGACUGUUUAAAUAAUACCAGUGCUAAUACGUUUGAAUGUUCAGAAAAACGAUGUAUGUGUACGUCAGGUUACAGUUUUGCACCAACGGAACAUACAUGUUUGGCAAACUGUACAACAUAUGGGGACUUCUUUAUGCGGACUUACUUAUAUUACAUAAGCAAUGACACGCCUAAGCCUGCAGAUUAUUUGAAUAUUUCCCUUGAACAAUGUCAACAACAUUGCGUACAGAGGAGCAGUCCUGUUUGCCGUUCAUUGACGUAUGGCUCAAAAACUCUAAAGUGUUUUCUAAUGGGUAAUACUAAAUUGGAUUAUGCAGACAAAAAUUGGCACUACGAUUUAUACACUUAUGAGUUUUCGUAUUACCAAAGAGAUUGUGUUUAG